CGUUAAUGUUUUGUUUAUAACAAUUACUACAUAAUUAGUGUAUAAAUAAUUUAUUUUAAUUAUUUGUUUACCAAAACAAGCGAUGAUUUUGAGCACAAAAUUAGUUAAUUUAUGCAAAUUUCACACUAUUUUAAUGCAAACAAAAUUAAUUAAUUGUAAUAAAUAUUUAUUAAAGUUUUACUCAAAUAAUAGUAAUAAUAAUAAUAACAGCAAUAAUAACAGUAAUAAUAAUAGUUAUAAUAAUAAUAACCAUAACAUCAGUAAUAAUAACAACAGUAAUCACAACAACGAUAGAAAGGACACGAAGUUUGAUGUCUUGAGAGCACAUCCGGAGGACAACCACUACCACAGCAACAAAUGGCAGACAAUGGGUGACAACAAUCAGACCUCCGGAGUCACCGAUGAUCUACUCCGCGGUCUUUACAAGUUUCAAGACUCGGACGACUCGACCGUACGGUUAAUGAACGGCCGAUCGUUGGCCGACAUGUCUGCCACCAACUCGGCUGUGGAUCAGCUCUUUGCCCAAUCGAGGCAUUGGUUUGAUAUGAACGCCGGCUCUGAGACCAGCGAUGGCGGCGGCGGCGACACUGACGAGACAGAGGGCACAGAGAGGGCGCGUAAUCACCGGCGAGACGACUGGUUUGACAUACUGUCUAAAGCGGAACAAGUGGUCAAAUAUCCGACCAGUUUUCUUAGCCUACGCUUCCUCCUGAAGGAUGAGAUUAGUUAUUUGGCCAUUCAUUUGAAGCGUCUGAUCGACACUAAGCACCCGUUGCUACAGACGGCCAAAUCAAUACUGAACGCCAACCAACAGAUCCGCGGUCUUGUGGUACUACUGGUGUCCAAAGCGUACGCCUAUCCCAAACAUAUUGCCGACAAUUUCGAUACGGAGACCAAUCGGCUGCAGGCGGUGGCCAGCGGUCAGCGAAAGUUGGCCGAGAUUACCGAUAUGGUGCACGUGUCACAAGUGUUGCAUAAGGGUGUUGUCGAUCUGCCCAACGGGGCCCCGAAGGACGGCGUCGGCGGUGGUAUUGACACUAAACUUCACGAAGACCUCAAUUUGGGUAACACUAUAUCGGUAUUAGUCGGCGAUUUCCUGUUGGCCCAGUCGUCCAGAGGUCUGGCGCUGAUCCGCAAUCCAUCGAUAACGGGUUUAAUAGCGAAAGCGAUCGGACACUACUCGGAGGCCGAGUUCUUGAGAUCAGGUCUGAUGAAAGUGGAGAACACAUUCGAAGCGCUGGAGAAGUACUGUUAUCUAAGCGGCGGUUCACUACUGGCCCACAGCUGCCAAUCAGCGAUACUAUUGGCUCAUUACGAUCAACAGAUCCAGACUGAGGCCUACGAUAUUGGCAAACACAUUGGUAUAGCGUUUCAGUUGUCGGACAUGUUAUACCGUUUGCUAAACGCCGACAAUCGGCACAACAGUUUCGAUGACAAUAUCGUUACGUUUGACACGAAUUCAAUCAAAGAGUUAUUGGAGUCGAGUAUAAGAAAAGCGAUUGAUUUGAUCGACAAACUGGAUGAAUGUGAGGCCAGGGAUGCGCUCAAAGACAUUGUCUCCAAUAUAGUGAAUGUUGAAAAUGUUAAUUCAUUUCAUUGAUUAGUCCUGUAAUUAGAUUUCUAACCGGUUUUUUAGUUAUCAAAGUAUUAUUUUAUUGAAUUGUAAUUAUUAUUAAAUUUUGUGUUGAGAAUUAA